CAGACUUUGAAGUCAAGAACGCUGUCACAUAAGAGACAACCGUGAACAAGGGUAAAAGAGAACGAUUCAGUCCCUUAAAAAGAUUUGUUCGAAAACCCAAGUUCGUUCAUAAACACCAAUAGUGCCUCCAACUCAUUUUGUAUUUUACCGAGGUGUGGUUAAUUUUAAUCCCGCCUCACUUUUGAAGGGUGUAAACCGACGGAAACUACACGACUCACAAGCCCGGAAAAGAACGGUUUUGUUGUUGACUAAGUUACUCCGGAGUCGUGGACUGUGCUUGUUACAUCAAGAACAAUGGCAGAAUUUGUUAAAGCGCAAAUUAAGGGUGACAAAGUAGUUGUGUUCUUGAAGCCGACCUGUUCUUACUGCAUACUCGCUAAGGAUGUUUUGUCAAAGUAUAAAUUCAAAAGUGGACACUUGGAUUUGAUUGACAUCAGCGGACGCAGUGACAUGGGCAGCAUACAAGACUGUCUUCAACAGAUCACAGGCGCCCGCACCGUUCCUCGGGUCUUCAUAGGGGAACAGUGUGUUGGAGGAGGAAGUGACGUCGACAGUCUGGACCGUUCUGGAAAACUGGAAGGCAUGUUGCAGGCAAUCGGAUCUCUGCAGUGAAGGUGGUCAAGUGGACUUCUCACCUGAUAGCUCCAGGAAGUCAGGCUUGUGGCUGAAGAUCAG